AAAUUAAAAAGUUCACGUACGAGGUAGAUUUUGAUUUCAUGAUACAAACGAAUGUUGCAACAUGGAAAAGGAGGCGAAUUCAACGAAUUGCAAAUACUGACAGUUGCGCGUGGUUCUAUGAGGAAAGUGACGGUAGCUACAAAUCGUAUGACAAAAUAUCCACUUUGGCACUAGAAAGGGCACGCGUCAAUGGUCAGAGAAGAGUUAGUAUAGAGACAAACGAGUACACUUACACGAUUGAUCUGAAGAAAAUGGAACAAACGAAUAACUCAACGAAUACAAAGCGAUCAGUUAGAAAACAAAGCGAUCUUAUAAAUACGAGUUGUAGCUUUCCAAAAUUGGCAAUGUCUUUUCCAGAAGUUGAUGUAGAUGUUCGUGGGCAAUCAGCUAAUGUUGAAGAUGCAGUGAGGCAGUUAACCAGGCAGAUUAAGGAUGCAAUAAGAUCAAAUAGGGUAAAUAUUCCUGACACUUUAUCAGCCAGCAUUCAAACGUUCAUCAAGCAGUAUGGCGAAGCGUACGGAGUAAGGGUAAAUUUUGACCGUUCUUUCGUUGCAACAGUUGAAGGGUUCAAGCAUCGUGCAGACAAAUUUGGACAGGACUUGCAAGUAAAAAUUGUUCAACUUCAGCUGUCCUCAAUUAAGCUGACCUCUGAAUUGAAGCUACCUCCUGAAUGGGAGCUUCCAGUUGAUUCCAACCAGCCUACUUUGAAGUUGGUUAAUCCUGUAGGAAAAGAAUAUAGAAAAAUUCUAAACAAAAUGCGUGAAAGCAUGCCCCAGGUUCAAAUUAUCAAACUUGAGAGAAUUCAGAAUGUCUGGUUGUGGCGCAAGUAUUGUCAACAUAUGGAACGCAUGAAAGAAAAGAACAAGGGUGUUUUGAAUGAGAAAGAAUUGUUUCAUGGAACAAGUUCGACAAACCCAGAUGAAAUCUACAAAAGUGAAGAAGGAUUCGACAUGAGAUUUUGCACUUCUGGAAUGUGGGGUGUGGGCUCAUACUUUGCAGAGAAAGCGAGCUAUUCUGACCGUUACAGCUACAAAACAGAUCGUUCGAAAAUGCCAAUGUUUCUGGCUAAAUACCUUCGUUCCGAAAAGCAGAUGUUUCUGGCUAAAGUGCUAACUGGGGAUUCUAAAGAUCAUCCCAGAGAUUCAUCUCUGCGAAUGCCACCAGAGAAAACAUCAUUCAGCGAUCACACAGUGAGAUACGAUACCGUUACAGGCGUCACUGGUGGUAGCCGUGUCUACAUCAUUUACAAUAACGACAAAGCAUUUCCAUUUUAUCUCAUUACUUAUUAUUAGUAUAAAGCUGCUCUUGUGUCUGAACAUGAUUUUAAUUGUGCUUUCAAUUAAAACGUUUGCUUACGUCAUUCGGCAUCUUUAUUCUUUAAGCAUUUGCAGCAAGUGGAACGAAAUUUGUUUUUGUUUAGCAUUGUCAGUACGUUUGGUAUGUGCUCUUAGAUUGCAAAUAUUGUUUAGUCUAUGACAGUAUUUGAAUACUAUACGAAUAUUUAGCCAAGAAAA